CUUCUCUUCCCGUCUGAGGUGGCGGCCGGCUCCGUCCUCGCCAGCUCCGUGUUCCCUGUGCUCCCGCUUCCCUUUCCCCUCGGGCCCGGGCCGGCCUGCGUGCUCCCCUGCCUCCUCAGGGUGGCCGCCUAGCCCCCGACCCUAGCGGGCUGCGCCUUCGGCUUUCUCUGGGCUUCCGUCCGCCCCGGCCCCGCCAUGAAUGAGGAGUACGACGUGAUCGUGCUGGGCACCGGCCUGACGGAAUGCAUUCUGUCGGGUAUUAUGUCAGUGAAUGGGAAGAAGGUUCUUCACAUGGAUAGAAACCCCUAUUACGGAGGAGAAAGUGCCUCGAUUACACCCCUGGAAGACUUGUACAAAAGAUUUAAUAUACCUGGAGCCCCACCAGCCUCAAUGGGGAGAGGAAGAGACUGGAACGUUGACCUCAUCCCCAAGUUCCUCAUGGCUAAUGGUCAGCUGGUUAAGAUGCUGCUUUUUACCGAGGUCACUCGCUACCUGGAUUUCAAGGUGACCGAAGGGAGCUUCGUCUACAAGGGAGGGAAGAUCUACAAGGUUCCUUCCACUGAGGCAGAGGCCCUGGCGUCGAGCUUAAUGGGGCUGUUUGAAAAACGUCGCUUCAGAAAAUUCCUGGUGUAUGUUGCCAACUUUGAUGAGAACGAUCCCAGGACGUUUGAGGGGGUUGACCCUAAGAAGACGGCGAUGCGAGAGGUGUAUAAGAAAUUUGACUUGGGCCAAGAUGUUAUUGAUUUUACUGGGCAUGCCCUGGCCCUUUACAGAACUGAUGACUAUUUAGAUCAACCAUGUUGUGAAACCAUUAAUAGGAUUAAGCUUUACAGUGAGUCUUUGGCAAGAUAUGGCAAAAGCCCAUACCUUUAUCCGCUCUACGGCCUUGGAGAACUGCCUCAAGGAUUUGCAAGGCUAAGUGCUAUUUACGGAGGUACCUACAUGCUGAAUAAACCCAUCGAAGAAAUCAUUGUGCAGAAUGGAAAAGUGAUUGGUGUAAAAUCUGAAGGAGAGAUCGCGCGCUGCAAGCAGCUCAUCUGCGACCCCAGCUACGUGAAAGACCGCGUGGAGAAGGUGGGCCAGGUGAUCCGUGUCAUCUGCAUCCUGAGCCACCCCAUCAAGAACACCAGUGACGCCAACUCCUGCCAGAUCAUCAUUCCCCAGAACCAAGUCAACCGCAAGUCCGACAUCUACGUCUGCAUGAUCUCCUCGGCGCACAACGUGGCUGCGCAGGGCAAGUACAUCGCCAUCGCCAGCACCACCGUGGAGACCAAGGAACCCGAGAAGGAGAUCAGACCGGCCCUGGAGCUCCUGGAGCCGAUUGAGCAGAAAUUCGUCAGCAUCAGCGACCUCCUUGUCCCGAAAGAUCUGGGAACAGACAGCCAGAUCUUCAUAUCCCGCACGUACGACGCCACCACUCACUUCGAGACCACCUGUGACGACAUCAAGGACAUCUAUAAGAGGAUGACGGGGUCCGAGUUUGACUUCGAGGAAAUGAAGCGCAAGAAAAACGACAUCUACGGGGAGGACUAAGGGCCGUGCCCGGCGCUCAGUUAGGACGCCUUCCGGCCUGGCGGGGACGCGCAGCGGAGGACGUCACUCUCGCGAGGCUGCUCUCGUAACCAGGCCGGGCGGCGGCAGGGCCCUGUGCCCGUCAAGACCCUCCCCUCCUAAUAUCAUGUAUUAACUUGUUCCACCGCGUGGCUCUUCAGAAUUGGCGGGUUCCCACAUCCCAUCCAUGUAACCAAUACUGGCUUGUUUUUUCUAGUGAAGGAUCAGUUUUAACACAUUGUGAUACCGACACAGAACUCGAUACAGCACUCGUAUCUUUUAAUCAGCCUGGCCUUUGCCCUUGCGAGCUGCUGCUGCUGCUCGCGAGCUGGGCGCUGGGGCUGUGUGCAGUUUGCGACAGUUGGCGUGCGCCUGUCCUCUAGACAUUCAGGAGACUCGGAAUCCGACAUUCCCUCAGCCGGGACAGCAUCCCCGACCCCUGCUCACCCUGUACCUUUACGGCAGGCGUGACGACCCUGCCCGGGCAGCACAGCUACGCGUUUGGUUCACGUGGGCCUCCACUUCUAACCCAGCUCCAGACUUGGAGAGUCGUUUUGGCGGAAGCCGAGUGCGGUGUUUUAACCUAAUGAAAUGGAUGCGAGCAGAGGGAGGAAACCUCUCCUGAAGCAGGUAAAUACAGAAGCUGCGUUUGUGCCCCAGGUGUGGCUUCCUCCGCGGACCAAGCCGCAGGGUGGCGUGGAGGUGACAGAGCCCUGCGUCCGUGGUGUCGGUCUCAGAAAGGCUCCCGAUGAUUUCUGUCCUGCAAAAUAAAGCCAAACUCUGG